CAGCGAAAGACGGAGCGCCGAGCGGUCCAGCUUCCUGUUCUCCGUAACAACGCGGAUCCGGCGGAUCGUGUUCCCGCGCGACCCGCGACCAGAAUAUUGCUCACGGCAGGCCAUAGAGGUUAUAUUUAAAUUAAAAUGGCAGAGGCGGCGUUGACGGAGGAAGAACUAAUGCAGAAGCAUAAAAAGGAACGAAAGGAACUGCAAGCGCAAAUACAGAUCUUGAAGAAAUCUAUUUGUAAAGGAGACAAGAAGAAGAAGAAAGAGAUCACGGAAGAGAUAGGACGCUUAGAGGAGAGCUUGGAGAAACGUCACGUGGAAGAGCUGAACACACGGAGACUGGCUAAUGUUACGCUGAACGACAAACAAACAGAACCUGUAGAAGCAAAUGAAGAAAUUAGUAAAGACAAUUGCUCGGAACAGUCGGCACAUAGGGUCUCCAAAGCGCAGAAGAGACGGGAGAAGAAAGCAAACGCGGAGAAAGAACGCAAUCAGAAGAUCAUUGAACAGGAAGCGCUUAACGUCUUCGGCAAAAGGAAUGUCGAGAUAGAAGCCAUAAAGAAGAUCCUUUCUGAGCGCGACUUAAUGAUCUACGAAAUUCCUAGCGACGGUCACUGCUUGUAUAACGCAGUGGCACAUCAGCUGAAGAUAAACGGAGAGACGCCUCUUAGCCUGCACGAUCUCAGAACAAAGACUGCUGACUAUUUGAGAGAAAAUAUGAAUGACUUUUUGCCAUUUCUUUCCAAUCCUGAUUCCGAUGAUCUGUUGACACCUGACGAGUAUGAAAAGUAUUGCAACGAUGUGGCUGAAACUAGUGCUUGGGGCGGCGCAGUUGAGUUGCAAGUAUUGUCGCGUAUACUGAAAUGCCCAAUAGAAGUCAUACAAGCUACAGGAGCUCCCUACAUCAUUGGAGACGACUACAGCAAUGGCAAAAAGGUAAUAUUGACCUAUCAUCGACAUAUGUAUGAGUUAGGCGCUCACUACAAUUCUGUUACGAAACUUCAGGAUGAAGAGAGCUGAUAAAGGUUUCCUUUAGACUUUAUUUCUAUUUUAUUACAACAGUCUUCAUCUUCUAUUAUUGAUCGAUGGGUUAAUCGUGAUGAAUUAAGCAUGUUUCAAUUUACGAACAUGUUUUGCCAGUCAAUAAACUAAUUUAUUUCGUGUGAAAAAUUUAAUAUAAACUUUCAGAUAGUAUAAAAUAUUUUUAUCGAUAAGUAUACAUGAAAAUGUUGAAAAAGCUGCCAGCAGAAUAUUUAAUCUUCCGACGAGAAAUGCAUUUCUAAACUUUACAUUAUUGUGAUGAUUAUUAAUGAUAAAAUGUUUAUAAGAGAAAUUCUUCAAAUGUGUACAGUGACUGUUAAAGGAUUCGAUGUAAAAUUUAAUUAGUUUUUCUAUAAAUAAAAAUCAUAUGCUACUUUAAAUACGUAAUAAAAAUAUAUUAUUGAUCAGAUGUAAUCUUAAUGGUCACACACAUUUUAGGAAUUCUUUUUUACAGUCACUAGUUAGUUAAAAAUACAAGAUACAUAUCAAUGAAUCAUCAGAAAAUGUAUUUUCUUGGUCAUUCAAACUAGUUUACUGACUUAUAUUUUGAUGUGCACAUUUAGAACUAAACAUGACUGAAAGUUCUGUAUAAAUUCUACGAAAAUAGAUUUUUUGUAGGUUUAUAGGGUACAUUUUUAUUGUAUAUUUAAUAAACAUAAUCACAUCCUAAAGUUCUGUAUACUGCAAAUGUAUGCUUCAUCAUAUCGAAACUUGGGAUUUAACACAGAUCAAGGAAACGGUUCUUAAUAUAUCAGACACUAUUGUGUUUGUGAUCUUCCUAUAUUAAAUGGGCUUCAGGUAGUCAUAUUUAGCGCUAGACGUGCGAUGGGAAUGUAGACUGUAGAGGUGUUUAGAUAUAUUUACUUAAAUAUAUCAGUACAGACCAUUAUAAAUAUUUCGGCGAGUUAGAUGUGAGCUGAUUUAGAGCUCUUGUGUUAUUAUAGUGAUUAAAUUUAGAAUUAUAUUUAUUUUCCAAAUGGAUAUCAGACAAUAUAAACAUGCUGCCAGCAAAUAUGCAAAUACUUAUUAAGAUUCAAUGUUCUUUGGCUUGUUCCAAGGGUUGAAGUAUGAAUAUUACUCUCUUAUUGCGUAUACUAUCCGUGUUCAUUGGUAGCUGUCACGUUUCGAAAUUUCAAGCGGCUAUCAAAUCUAAGUACGUCUAUGACGAGUGUCCGAAAUAGUGUUUCGAAAUUAUACUCGGACAAUAGAAUAAAUUAGCGAUGUAAUUUGAUUUAGAUUGAGAAAGGAUAAGACUGUAAGAGUUACUUCUUUAACUUAUCUCAACUCGUGAGAAUCAACUUUGGUCGUUAACUUUUCGAACAAGUAGGCUUUCGAAUCAUGUAGUUUAUUAAUUCGUAUCUUGGAACGACAGUGAGCCAAGUAUUUUAGAGUUUUGAUCGCAGCUCAGUAUACGCAAGUGUUCCUUACUUGCAAAAAUUUGUCCUCUCAACAUUGUCUAUUUCCUGAUUAACUCUGUGGAUUUUGUAUGUCAUUUCAAUAAUAGUUUGAUUAAUAAUCUUGUGAUUUCGAUCGUUUAUCUAUGUGAUAAAGAAUAUAAAAAUGGCUUGUAAUCGUGAUGUUAGACAAGGGACACUCUAUUAUAUACAAUGGCAUUGUUCUCGUAUGUUUUGUAAAUAUAUAUAUGUAUUAUUUGAUCGCAUGUAAUGGAUGUGUUGUAGUCGGGUUGUAUCAAAUAAAUAUAAUACAUAAUACAUAUAAAAAAACACCUUUUG